CCUCGAUCUUCUGGGUUUGGACCCUGGCCCUGCAUCUUCGACCUGCAGUGCCGAGUGCAGUCGGCCAGUCCUGCUGGCCCUGCCCGACCAGUCCAGCCCGCAGUCCUCGUUCCUCGAUGCGCCCUCGAGGCGCCCUCGAGACGCCCUCGAGGGGCAGCCGAGGGCCUCGAAGGAGCUUGCAUGCGCGGUGCGUGGCAGUUUUGGCUCGAGGCAACGACCCGUCAUCGAGCUCGCCACGUGCAGAGUGCGAGGGCUCCACGAGGACGUUCGAAAGCAAUGUGCUUUCCCAGCGCCCUGGAGGCACGCUCCUCGGAGGAGUGCCAGCAGUGCGUCGUGCUGGUCGACCCGUACUCGACAGGUGCCAUGCUGGCUCCAGAGAUUGCCCGACGUGGCUUCGGCGUGAUGGCCUUGUGGACAGGCGAAGUCGGAGAGAAUCGCAAUCACAUCCCGAAGGCAGCCCAAGGGUUUCCAGAAAACUUCGUGGAAGAGCUGGAGGAGAGACACACUCUAGCAGAGACAGCCGAGGCUCUUUGCACAGCUGCAGGUGCGGUCGGUGCAGCUAUCGUUGCUGUCAUCUGCGGAGGUGAAACUGGGGUUAAGGUGGCCGAUGCGUUGGCCGAACACAUGGGCUUACGGGGCAACUCUACCCAGAAUGGCAUGGAGAACCGGCGCGACAAGAGUAUUCAGCAGGAGACAGUUUCAAAGGCGGGACUCCGGUCAGUCCGGUCCGCAUGUGGCAAGCAUUAGGACGAAGUUGUAGAGUUUACUCGCACCGAAGCGUUCCCCAUCAUUGUCAAGCCUGUCGAGUCUGCGGGAUCUGACGGUGUCAAACUUUGCCACACGCCAGAGGAGGCGCACAAUCAUUUCGACCUGUUGAUGAGCUCGCAGCGGAAAUGCGGCGCGCUGGGUGCGGCUGUCCUUCUGCAGGAGUUCCUCCGGGGCACGGAGUACAUCGUGGACCACGUGUCUCGCGGCGGCGAGCACAAGACGACCCUGGUCUGGGUGUACGACCGACGGCCAGCGAACGGGGGUGAUUUCGUUUGUUUUGGGCAGCAAUGCGUGUCGGCCGAUGAGCCCGUUGCCCAGCAGCUCAUAGCUUACACAAGGGGGGUGCUCGAUGCAUUGAACGUCACCGACGGAGCGACGCAUACAGAGGUCAUGAUGACCCCCACCGGUCCCUGCCUGGUGGAGGUGAACAGCAGGUGCCACGGAGCUGCUGGCUCUUGGAUGCCCUUGGCACAGGCAAUGACGGGCUACACGCAAGUGGGCGCCUGCGCGGAUGCAUUCCUGGACGCUGAAGCUUUCGACAGGCUGCCCGAUGUGCCCCCCUCCCCGUUUCUUGCGGCAGGGCAGGUGGUGAUGACGGUUUCCUUCCAGGAGGGCCACAUUCAGGCAGUACCUGGCUUCGAUCAGGUUCGCUCCUUAAGGUCCUUCGUCUCGCUCGAAGAGAACGUCCACGUGGGAGACCAGUUGGAGAAGACCGUCGACCUGUUUGGCAUCACGGGCAUGUGCGUGCUGGUGAACUCGAACGCGGAAAUACUUAAGUCCGACGUAGCGGCCAUUCGCGAGAUGGAGGUGGAAGGCUCGUUCUUUCGAUUAGCAUGACCUUACGCUUCAUGGAAGGACACGGUUACAGCGGUUGUCCGACAGUCGUUGCCACGCGUCCUCAGUGGACGUCGUGACCUGAAUUGAGCUGGACACGAUUACAGUGGUUGUUCAGCAGUCGUUGAUCCGUGUCCUCAGUGGACGCCGUGUACGGAGCAUUGGCACCGUCACCAAGAAUGCGUGCCGCCUUGCUGCUGUGCUUACUUGGUUUGAAUGGGGCAGCACGAGCAUGCCUUUCUGAGCGCGUCGCCCCAUGCCGUCAGCACAGACCUGCGUGCGUUGGCUCCGGAAGCGAAGAAUCGUACAUGUGUGGGGCAACCUUGUGCGACGAGCCAGGUGUGCGAGCCGUAUUUCCUCACAGGCCCCCGUGGGGCGCCUUCGACGGGCCUCUGGCGGCCUCGAGAUGCCCUCGCAGCGCCC